AUUGUUAGUAGAGACGUGUCGUUUUUACGUACGCUUAGUCAUCGUCUUCUGACAUCACGAAUCUAUUGUCCUACCGCUUCUUUUGGUCCUACCACCACCGCUCGCUCAAAUCGAUUCUCCCCUUCACAAAACCAUUACCAGUUUCUUCAUGUUUGUUUCGACACCUACCGAAAGAGGCGUUCCCCAUCCCGUUGUUACCGGUUCUCCAUCGUUACUGAACAUUCGUUGCACCGCAAAACGUAUGAAUGUCGGGUGGAGACCGGAGUGAUUUACCGGUGAUGGAGAUGGAGAUGAACCACAUCGAUGUUCCAGUUUAGGUAGAGGACGGUGGUGGUCGGAUUUUACUCCAGUCAAACAGGAACCACCGAUUUUUUAAUACAUCGAUGUUCCAGUUUAGGUAGACGACGGUGGUGGUCGGAUUUUACUCCAGUCAAACAGUAACCACCGAUUUUUUAAUGGAAUGAUCUUGAAGUAAACAAGAAACCCUAGAAUUGAUAGUUUCUAUUGAGAUCCAAAAAUCUGUGAUAUUCUUCUUAUAUUCCGAAAUUGUUUUCCAUUGGAGGAGAUCGACAGGGAAGAGACCCCCGAUUACAGUGUGAAGAAGAAAAGGGGAAACGAUCGGACCACUCGACUCAUUUAUUGACGUGCCUUGAAAACAUAAACGAAAUAUCGACAAAACUGGUUUGAGAAUAAAACGUACCAUUAGAAGCUUUUGCAAAGCUGAAGACUAUCAUAUAGUCCCAAUUCAUUUAGAUUGAUCUGAAAGGAUAACAUUGAAAAAGAAGUUACCUUAGUGCUUAACCUCUCUAAUCAAAUCCCCGUUAAAAAGAAUAUGAUCUAUGGAAAAGAAAAGGGUCAAUGGGAGAUGGAAAUUUAGGAAAGAAUCGAGGCAGACCAUUCACGCAAUAGAUUAUGUUAGUGAAGAAGGGCGGUUUGGGGAUUAUGAUGAAAAGGCUGUGAAAUCAUUAAGAGUUUCAUGCUGGUUGAAUGCUGUUGCUUGUGGCCUCAAAUUAGAUGAUCACAAAAAUGCAAUCAUCUUAUGCUCAAAGGUGUUGGAUAUUGAGUUUUACAAUGUGAAAGCUUUAUACAGAAGGGCACAAACUUAUAUGGAAACUUAUGAUUAUGAAUUGACCGAAGUGGACAUCAAGAAGGCCUUGGAAGCCGAUCCACAAAACAGGGAGGUAAAGUCUAUUCACAACAUUUUAAAGCAACUUGAACCAGAGAGUAACAAAAGAGAUGCUACACUUCAUACAAAUAUGUUUGCCUAAAUGGCUAACGAUUGUUCUAUACAAACUAAGAUGUGGUAGAGAUUAAAGAUUGAGAAAGUGGAGAAGAAUGAGAAGGAUGAAAUGGCUGCUGAUUCAUCUUGAAAUUAUUGUAUUUUGUGUGUGUGUGUGUGUUAGUUGAUGGGUAUUUUGAUGCUAAAGGUGUUUGUAAAUUUAAAAUAUUUUAUUUGAUUACACUCUUGAUUUGCA